UGCCGAAAGAGAACGACCUCUCGCUACUGCUGCAGCUUCCCGUUCAUCUAUAAAGGCCGCCGUUAUAACAGUUGCACGAAAAAGAAUCACAAUCGUCCAUGGUGCUCGCUGACCGGUAACUAUGACAGAGACAAGAAAUGGGGUAACUGUGCUGGUAAGUUCAAGAUCCUUUUAGCACCUAAGAACUUAAGUUCAAUUCUCCUUAUUAUCUGCUAUUCGUUUCUUAUAUUUUAAGUACUGAGAAUUUGAUUUUGAAUCAAAAAAUAUUUCUUUGCUGACAUUCUGCUAUACCACCUUUUUCCUGGAUAUUAAAUUGACUUUUAAAGGAGAUAAAUUAUUGGUCUCGAAAAAUUAGAGCUCCUCAAGAAGUUUUAAUCAUUUUCACACUUAAAGUAUAUUUUUGCUCCACAACAUAUCUUUAGAGUUUACUUUAAUGCUUUUAACGAUCUUUUCCUCCAUUAUUGAUGGGGGUGAUUUCUGCUACAGCUUUUGUCCAAUUUUCUAAAAAUCAAUGUGAAGAUUAUUGACAAUAACAGUUGUGUUAAGAAACGAGAACAUAAUUAUUUUGAUUUAUCUUUUCUCAGGACGUCGCCCAGUUAGACCUGUAAAACCGGUUAGACCAAUAAGGCCAGGUAAGAAUUGUACUCGGAACAUCUCUGUGCACCUCACUAUCUUUAUUUCGUGCAAAUAUCUUGCAAUUCAUUCGUCUUAUUUUAAUUUGUGUCUACAGGAACAGUUGUAAGAAUCACCGUUGGAUUAGGAGGUUUGUAUCCCUCUGAAAAUAUUUGUAGUAAUUAGGUUACUUAUUCUUUUGAACAAUGGAAAUUGUUCCGUUUAGUGUGAAGCACGCCUGUAUGUUUGCUACAUGCAAAGCUGACAGAGCAUGUCGAGUUCAAAGAAAUUUAAAGAAAGUACCAUAUUUUGAGGAACCGAGGUCCGUGCUUCCUAUGGUUUAUGAGCUUGUAUUUAGUAGGAGAGACGGAAGUAGGGGGCGCACUCGCCACUCUACUUUUAAUUAUUUUGUAAGCACCUUGUAUGGAUGUUUAUGACAUUACUGUUGUGGAGAGAGUUUAUUCUCCAGUCGCGAUUUUCCGGCCUCCCUUUUAUGAAUUCUCUGAAUCCGCCUUUGAGAUUCCACUUUGACAGUUAGUUGCAGGAGUAUAAAAGUAUAAAAGACUUAAUUUUUCAUCUUAUCCUUCAUUUUUCCAUGUCUUUUUUUACAGCAAAGAACAUCGGUUGCUUCAGAGACACAGGCCGACGAGCCAUAUCUCCACUGGAAGGGAGAAGUCGUCUUCUUAAAGGAAGUUAUCGUCGACGGAAGUACGCCAUAAGAAAAUGCGCUCUGGCCGCACAAAAACGAGGCUUUAGAGUGUUCGCAGUGCAGCAUGGGGGAUGGUGUGCUGCUUCCAGGACAGGACACUUAACAUACAAGAGAUACGGAAGAUCUAACAGAUGUAGGAAUGGAAAGGGAGGACCUUGGGCUAAUGAUGUCUACGUCUUGAGAGGUCAGACAAAACAUUAUUUACGGCUUUUUAAGAGAAUUCUCGUGGUUCUAAAUAGACGUGUCCAUUUGGAAGCAGGAACUAUUUCGUGACAUUGUUCUGUUUGUACCAUUCAAUCUCCGAAACGUUCACCUUUUUAUCUUUCAUGCACAUCAACAAAAAAGUUGAAGAAUCUAGACGCCCCAUCUGUAACAAUAGCUUUAUACAUGCUGGCCAUUUCGACGCAUUUUUGUUUUGUUCUUGACAAAUGCCGCCAUAAAGAAUAAGCCCAUGAAGUAUUUUAGAGAAAGCGGGAUAUGAUUAGCGUACACUACUGAAUCUAUGCGGUUCAAUUCGUCUCAGGCUCCUGCAGAACAAGAACGACCAGCCAGAACUGCUGCGUGUUCCCGUUCAUUUACCGCGGCAGGCGUUACAACCGCUGCUCCCAGGUGCGCUCCAGAGGCCGUCCAUGGUGCGCCCUCACUCCAAACUAUGACGUGGAUAAACUGUGGGGAUUUUGCGGAGGACGAGGAGGUUAGGGAUGUCUUUGUGUCGCUCUUGGAGAAAAUAGACUUUUUUUUUGGUCUUUUUCUGCAUAGGAAGUCUGUACUUGCUAUGCAUUAGAAAGCGACAAAUAUUUGACGUUGAUCUGUCUUUUUGAUUGCAGUACGCCCUAUAAAGGUCACACCUUCAGUAAGGAGUAAGUUGUUUUAUUUUCUUUAUUUAACACUUGUUAAAGAUUACGAGCUAUAUCCUGCUGUUUAAGUAUUUUAUAAGGAAAAGCUUUGUGCUCCCAUGGAAAUAUAUAUAUAACCAUGAUUUUACCUUUGUCGAAAUGAAUUUCUGAUUUUAAUCAAAAUGAUUUUAGCAGAUAAAGAUACAGAAAUUUUACAAAACCUCACGACAAAAUCUUCGUAUUUCUUGGUAAAGGCUUACUCUAGUUUUUUAAUUUUAUGGUAGAGAUUUAUUUUUGUAAGGAAGAUAUUAUUCAGUGAAUGACAGAGAAACCUUUUUGUUCUCUUUUCAUUCGUGAUGCCUUUGCCAUUCACUGAAUAACAUCUUUCUUCGCUUGAAUCAACAGACUAAAAAUUUGCCAUCUCCUUUUUUUUAAUUAUUUAAGGUAAACCUCGUGUUUUUUUCUUUUGUUUUGUUUUUUUUUUCUUUUCAGUUCAAAGAAUUGGUUGCUAUAGAGACACAGCUCGGCGGGCCAUACCACAAAUGGACGGGAGAAGUCGCCUUUUAAGAGGAAACUACAAACUACGAAGAAAUGCCAUCAAAUUAUGCGCCUUGACUGCUGCUAGUCAGAGGUACGCUGUGUUUGGUGUUCAGGACGGUGGAUGGUGUGCGUCAGGACCGCAGGCUCAUAGAACUUUCGCUCGAUAUGGAAAAUCCAACAGGUGUAGGAAUGGCAAGGGGGGGCCUUGGGCCAAUGAUGUUUACAGAGUAUCAGGUAAUUGAUUUGCACAAGUGGUCAAUAGAUUCACAGGUUUGUUUUGUCUUUGAAGUACAUAAAGUGCAGUUCAAAUGCAACAAAAAUUAAACAAAUGUCCUUCAAUGUGUCACUUGCUGUUUUGACCGCGUAGUGCCAGUCUCCCUCAGGCAAUAAAGGUUGACUGGUUAAGCAUGAAACGUGAUGCACCAUUUUGUUUUACUGCACUUGAAAAUCUAGAACAACCAACAGAUACACGCCUUAAUUUUCAUUUAUUGUGUUUUAUUCUUAGAUAGUUUGUUGAAUUAGGUUGGUUUGGAAAUUCACAAGACAUGCUAGAAAGGGUUACACCACUUUAGUAGUCUGAUACGCUGCUUUAUAAUCCUAUAACGACUUAGAAACUUGAAGUUCAAACCAUUUGAAAAAAAGCCUGGAAUCUCGCUAUGGUUUUCUGUAUUUUCUAUACUUCUUUAUUCUAUUCUAGGAACAUGUCGUCACAGAACUACUCGAGGUCACUGCUGCGUUUUUCCGUUUGUAUAUCGCGGGCGCAGACACUAUUCGUGUACCAGACGUGGAAAGACAAGGCCCUGGUGCCCAAUCACCUUUGGAGGAUAUCGAAGGGGAACAGCCUGGGGAUACUGCAGAGGAAAAAGAUGUGAGAAAACUCACUUGCUCAUUUAUUGGUUUGAAUUUUAUUAACACAUCGCCCUUCAGGGGCUUAAACAUAAAUUCUGAGUCUUUCCCUCCUCUGUUUGCCACAUAAAAUGACGUUUUUAAUGCUCAUUAUUGCACUUCAAAUAAUUUUGUUUAUCUUGGGAGGUCCAGUGUUGUCUCUUUCUCGUGUUUGGGAAUUAUUAAUUUCAGACAACACGUUAUAUAAGUUCUCUAAAGCGGUCAUCGUUUGCCUUUAUUUAAUUUCUUUUGACACCAGCUCUUUUCGAGUACAGCUGAUCCAAACUCUCCGACCCAAAAGUUAUCUCUAACCUUUCGUAUUUUUCUCAGUCACACUUACGCUUUACAUGUCUUUGACGGCCUGCAGAGGCUCUUGGUGAAAGACGCCAGUCAUUCAAAACUCAGCUAUGAUUCACUUUUUAAAUGUACAGUCUAAGUGUAUCCAUGGUCUUUCUUUCUUGUUGGCGCUUAAGCCUUUCAUAAAGUGUUAAGUAGGCGUCACAAAGUUAAAGAUUUUGCAUUUUGUUUUGUCGUCAACAGCUCCACCCAUACGAAUCACUACCGGAGUCAGCGGUAAGCGAGUUUCUUUGUGGGACAGUUCGCUCUUUUGCUUCCCUCUCUGUGUAAGAAAAUUUAUUUUAAAUGUAUAUGCUCUCUUCUUCAGCCAAGGCAAUUGGAUGUUUCCGUGAUACUAGUCGACGUGCCGUUCCACAAGCGGAAGGUCGAGAUUCCAUUCUCGACGGUUAUUACCGCAGAAGAGCAGACGCCAUUACGAAAUGCGCUUUGGUGGCCAUGAGAAUGGGAUACAGUGUGUUCGCUGUACAACAUCAGGGAUGGUGCGCCACGGGUCGAAGAGCUCAGUUGACAUACAGGAGGUAUGGACGAUCCAACAGGUGUAGGAAUGGAAAGGGAGGACCUUGGGCUAAUGAUGUUUACUCCGUAAGAGGUAAGUUUUAACGUGUUGAAAACUUGUUCACAGACAGUAAAUUACAAUUAACCCUUUGAACCCUAAGAGUGACUAACAUGAAAUUUCUCCUCACAAUAUCACCACUGAAUCACACGUUAAGGUCAUGAGAAUAAAAGAAACGAUUACCAACUAAAGAAGCUCUUGAUUGUUAAACAAAUUCUCCUUGUCAGCACCUUAGGAAACGUAUAGAGAACAGUAUGGAGAAUAUGCAUACUGAUGUUAGGGUGUAAAAGGUUUUGGUGCGGCCUUAACAAGAGUUCAUCCUACGAUCUCUCGCAUACCGAUCCAAUGCGGUAAAGAUAAGAAAAUGGUAGAUUUGGAAAAAAAAUAACGUAAGGGUCUGUCCAUCUGAAUUUUUUUUUUUGCCAAUGUUGUUGGAGUGUGUACCAGCAGUCCUUGUUCAAAUUUGCCCUCUUUGUCUCUUGUUGGUAGUCAUUUCCCCCUUACUGUCUGAUCUGAAAGGUAACUACUCUGCACAAUAUCGUGUAGAAGCUGCUUCAAGCACGGUCGCAAAUGAUGUGAUACAGCUUUAACGAGGAAUUUGUUGUUGUUAUUCUUUUGUUUGUUUGUGUGUUUAUUUGCUCUAGUCUAUCCUCCUUCGGGCUUCCCAUUACAAUUAAGCGGAUAUCAUAACUGCUUCUUUUUUCCCUUUAACCCUUUGAUCCCUAAGAGUGAUUAGAAUGUAGUUUCUCCAUACUGUAUCACCUCUGAAUCAAACAUUGACGUAACAAGAAUGGAUGAAAUGAUCACUGACUAGAGAAGCUAUGGAUUUUUUUCAACAAAUUCUCCUUGUCAACACCUUCGGAAAUGUAUAGAGAACAGUAUGGAGAAUAUGAAUACUGAUGUUAGAGCGAAAAGGUUUAAUAUUAUUCAGAACUGACAUACAGCUGGGGUUUUUCUCUUUCUUUAAAACAGGAUAUUGCAAGAAACGAACCACAAGCCGACAUUGCUGUGUGUUUCCGUUCAUUUACAAAGGCCGUCGUUACAACAGCUGCACAAGAACUCGCCACAGCCGUAGAUGGUGCGCUAUCACACCCAACUAUGAUCGGGAUAAGAAAUGGGGCAACUGCGUCAGUAAGUAACUAAAGCUGUGUGCUGAUUUGAACCAGUACGCUUGUCAUACUUGUUAUUUUGAAUUGAUCAGGAACUAGAGGUUGAAAAUUCGAAGGUAGACUUUCGUUACGAUAAUAGCAAAACUGUUAGUUUUAAGUAGACACAUGUAUCAAUUGUAUGAAUGGUAAUUCACUCAUAAUGAUGAUCAACUAUCAGGCACGAAUUAAGAACGAAUAAUGUAUUGGUUUCAUCUUAUAAUCGUUCAAAACGUAACAACGAUACAGUAUCACGUUCUUAUUUUGGUUUUUCUACAAUCGCACACUUUUAGGCUACUCACUAUGCUUACUAUCCAAUGCAGAAUAGAUAGCGAGUAGUGCAGCCAAUAAGAUUGCAAAAUUUUCUAAAGGACGCUAAUGGAUUUACUCCGAAAUUCUUAUAUUAUUACGACUUGUACACAAUAUUCCGGACGAGAGGGCGACACUGGCGUAAGUGCGUUCUGUUUUGUAUCAACUCGAGUAGCUUUUGGGAACACAAGAAUAGAGAAAGAGUAUCUUUUAAGGUAGGUUCUUUACAAUCGUUUGGUGUUUUUUCGCUUUCAGGGCGAAUCAGGCCAGUGCGUCCGAAACCAGUGCGGCCAAAAUUACCCGGUGGAAGUGAGUAUUCACUCGUGUAUUUUUUCUGUCUUCUCUUUGAUGUGAUAUGUUUGAAAGAAAUGAGAUAAAGCAAGGAGUCAAUAUGAAGGGAUGCUUAUUUCAUGUUUCAUAUAUAACAGGUGUGUCUCACGUCGGUGUUACUGCUGAUAUUGCGUUCUUGAUCGAUGGCUCCCGCUAUGUCGGUCGCAGAAAUUUCCACCUUGAGAAGGCUUUCAUCAAGUCGAUCGCCCGUCGUUUCACAAUCAGUAAGUACCAAUCACACGUUGGUGUGGCAACUUACGGAAGCCGGCCACAUCUGCGCAUGCGUUUGAACCAGUACAACUCGUUAGGUCUGGUACUCAGAGCCUUGAACUACAUCCGCUUUCCAAACCAAGUCGGUCGGCGAGUCGAUCUCGGAUUACAAGCCUCUCUCCGAUAUUUUUUCGCAAGGAGGCAGAUGUUCUCUUUCAUCCGAAAGGUCUUGGUGGUGGUAGUCAGCGGCAAGCAGACUGCAAGAUCGUCCUACCUCAUCAGUAGGCUUCCGUCGCAGUUCAGGCGUUAUGGCGUCAAGGUGUUUAUCAUUGGAGUUGGUUAUGUUGAUCAGCGAUACCUGCGACCCUUUACCUACGGGAACAGGCACGUGUAUAUGGUUCGCUCGUACAGCAGUCUGGUCGCUAGAGCGGGUACCAUCGCUAAGGCUAUACACCUGGAAAUG